CUGUACUCUCUCAGUCCCCCCAGCCAUAAGAAAUCAUUUAGAUGUAAUUCACACUGGAUACCACUAGAGUCUGCCAAUUGACUCCUGGUGCGAUUUCCCCAUGUCCAUCGGGGACAAACGUUCACACAAUGCCAGUCUGUAAUCCACAAAUUCCGUACUGCUGCCUCCCAUGUAGUCUAGCGCGCGGUCAGACAACGGAAUAUGGACUGCACGGAUCGGUGUGUGUCGGAGCGCGCAUCCACUCGGAACUCGUCUUUCUGAUUCCAUUACUGUUUUAAUCAGCAAUCUGAAGAUAUAGUGUACAGUAGUCUACCUCUUUCCAUGUGGAUUGGACCUGAGCGAAAGGGAAACGCGACAUUAUUGUAACGGGUCUCGGGAAGUUUGGAUGUGCCACUGUGAAUGGAUUAUUCUGAACAUUGGCUGCUCAUUUAAAUAAUGGAGACACAAUUUUCGGAUCACCUGAAGGCGCAGGAUUAAGAUUGCAAUAAUGGGAGAGGCGGCCCCAGCUCAGCCUGCGGUAGGUGGAUUCGUGUCCAUGUUAGGUGUGGGCAUGCUGGGUUCGAUGCCAGGUCGUGCCAGCGGGCCCCUCGCGGCCUCUCGGGGGUCUGCCGUGCCACAAUUGCACAGUGCCAUCGUUGAGCGGCUCCGUGCCCGCAUCGAACUGUGCCGACGACAUCACUCCACCUGCGAGAGCCGCUACCAACGAGGACAGGCGGAGACCUCGGACCGUGAACACGAGAACACCUUGCACCUUCUCAACCUCGUGCACCAGAGUGCGGGCAACAGGAAAAUCAGGGGCAGCCGGUCGGUGGGGCAGCAGUCAAGCGGGACGGACUUCAACCGACUCAACAGCGAGCAGAGAACCCAAAAUUCAGAGACAGAGCCCAAGGCUGUGUCACGAAAUCUGGUCCACGGGUCGUUAAGAAGAAAGAUCGAAGGACACCCCUCCGGGCUCAAGAAAAAUGGCAUCACUUGCGGCAGCAGCAGCAGCAACUCAGGAGGGGACUUCAAACGUCUCCGCGUCGACCCGGCGGCGGCUAGCCUUCAGGCCGGACCCAGUCGGCUCCACAACAAUCACCCUGCAGGCCCAGGAUCCAUGGGCCACCACCAUCACCACCACAACCACCACCAUAACAACCACCACCACCACCCUUUACACCCACUGAUGUCUCACACCCUGGGCAGCGACCUCUUCAACAUCACCCUGAGGGACAUGAAGAAGGAGCCUGUGGAGAUGCAGACGUGCGGCGGCCACGUCUCCUCCGCAGACGCCGUGGGCAUGAUGGGCUUCGACUUCAAGGACGAGGGAGGAGGAGGGGGAGGAGGAGGCCAGAUCGACCCUGACCUUCAGGAGCUGUUUGACGAGCUGACCAAAAGUGUACCGUCCCUCAACGACCUGGAGUUGGAGAAGAUCCUGAAGCAGGACGACACCUUUAAUCUGGGGGAGCUGGGGCGCCCCAGUUCCGCCGGAUCCACCAACAACGCUUGCCACUUGCUACUGGAUAGACCAAUCAAGACCGAGUACUCCCCGGAUUAUGGCCAAGUGUCUAAAGGUUCUUCUUCUUCACAACUCAGGCCAGCUUCAGCAGGUCCUUCGUUCUCCAUGGACGGCCCGGUACAGGCGAAUCAUGGGCAGUCCUCCCAGGGCUCGGCCGGCCUCUCCAGAAGUGUGUCGGGCUGGCCAGAGCUCUCCCACGCCGAGCAGCUCAAGCAGAUGGCGGCCAACCAGCAGCAGCCCAGCGUCCUGCUCCACCACCCGCAACAGAACCACCAGAAUCAGAACCACCAGGUGACGUCGUGGCCACCCCUGGGCCUUGGUAACAACAGCCACUCUGCUGGAGGCGGUUUCCCUGGUGAAAACAAGCUGCCUGGCGUCGGGACGGGUUGCUCCCAGCCUCUGGCCAUCAAGCAAAACAAGGGCAGAAGCAACUGCAGUUUCAAGCGGAAUGGCUUCAAUAACAACUCCAACUACACAGACCACAAGGUCCUCAAUAGCAAGCCCAUGCUUCAGUUCACUCCCAAGGCUUUGGGCGCUAAUCGGCACCAGGUCCCCCUCAUGACCCUGCCACAGGGGAAAGCCAACUCACAACAGCAGCAGCAGCAGCAGCAGCAGCAGGAGCAUCAGGCCGGUGGUCCACAAAAUAAGACCAGUCAGCACCAGAACCAGAGUCAUGGCGGGCUCCACUUCCCCAAUCAGCAGGUUGGGCCCAUGGCUGGAUCCCAGUGCCUGCUGCCCAAAGGACUGACCCAGAGGCCCGGAGUCAACCACCCCGGACCGGGCAUGCACAACAAAGAUAAAGCCGGUGGUGCUCAAGACCAAUUCAGCCAUCAUCUCUCCAGACCUCCCCCUGACUAUGAGCAGGCCAGGAUUGCAGUGGGAGGCCAGAACUCCGGGAUAUACGCAGGUCUUGCUUCAUCCCAGACUGUUGCGAAGAGAAGCCCAGAGCGGAGUGACAUCCAGACACUGCCCUGCCCGCCCCUCUCCAACAGCCAGGCCCCUAAACUGGCCCCCGCCUCAAGUGACACCUUCCCCUGCCGGUCGGACCCCCACCAAGGCUCCUGUGUCCAACCCUGUGUGGGGGGGCCGCAGCUGAGAGAGCAGCAGCAGCAACAACAGCAACACCACUACAACAACAACGGCACCAACGACAGCCGAAUGGGGGGAUUACAUCCAAACAAACUACCACCGUUCCAGGCCACCAAUGGAGGACAGACCUUCCCCACCAACAUGCAGCCUCGUGCCCGGACUGGCGUGCCUCCUCAGCACAGGCUGAUGGGACCUGCUGGUCUCCGUGGGUCUCCUGGAGGAGGAGGCGGCAGCAUGGAAUCUGGAGGAGGUCUGAACUGGGUUCAGGGCCACAAGCAGCCCGGUGGUGGCGUGGAUUUGAAGAGGGCACCUGGAUCGGUGGGCUCUCCCAGUUCACAGCCUGAAUUAGGGGUUCACAAUCACCGCUUCCAACAGACUCCCUCCUCCAUCGGACCACCCAAUCAGGUGGCACCUCACGGUCACGGUGGAAUGCCGCCCAUCAACUCUGGCAACAUGAGGGGGCCUAGCACGUCCAGAGCUUGUCCACCUCACAACUCACAGCCCCGGAUGUCCGCACCACCACCCUCUAAUACCAUGAACUCCGGUUCAGGACCCGAGUCAGUGUGCAGCGGCAGCCCCUUCCCACCGCCACCCAAUCAGAACCUGAGGGCGUACCAGCAACAGACCAAUAGCAGCAACAGCCGCCCGGGACACGGACAGCACACGUUUGACUUCCUCCCAGAAGGGGACAACACUGUGCCGGGGGUGAACACCGACUCUGACUUCAUUGACUCACUCUUAAAGUCAGGCACAGGAAACGACGAUUGGAUGAAAGACAUUAACCUGGAGGAGAUUCUUGGUGGAAGCUCUUAACAUUACACUGCAUUACAUCAUGACAUUACACUCAGCCAGGCCAGCAGACAGGGCCGGACAAACGGGUAUGUUGUCCUGGGCCUAGGGAGAUAGGAGGCCCAGACAUGGGUCCCCACUACAUUGUAUGUAUUGGUUUGGGGGCCCUUUCAAAUGACUUUGUCCUGGGCCCAACAAAAGCCGUCAGUGUCCCUGCACUCAGUUGGCACUUUUCGGCAGUCUCUGGAGCAAUGUGGAGUUAGGUGCCUUGCUCAGGUGACUAAUGCCUCUUUUCCUCUGCCGGUUUUCUAGUCGGUCUACAGCUCGACACAGCGCGACUCGGCCACCACUUCGAUUGAGCUGUGUCGUGCCCAAUCAAAAAGCAAUGUGUGUCGGCCCAGUCGCGCUGUAGGCCUACCAGAAAAGCGGCAGUGGAAAAGAGGCGUCACUGGUUAGAGUGGGAUUCGAACCCGCCACGUCCCGAUCCCAGGACCAACAUGAUCAACGUCUUAAACAUGAUUAUCGGCCCCCCAGGUACCCAUUAAGUUGUUGAGAAAGGGUAGAAUUUCAUGCAUUUCAAACAGGAGGCGUCAGCAUGGGAAGUUUUGACUAUAUAAAAAUGUAUACAUAAUUGAUUACUAUAUGGAUAUGUUUGUUUGUUUAUGCAAAUUAUUAUUGCAUUUUAUAUGUGUAUGUGUACAGACAUUUUAGAAAUUCUCUAUUGUUUCUUUCAAGCAUGUUCUUCUGUGAAGUGUAUACCUGUUGAUCCUUAUGUUGUAGAAUCUGUGAAGCUCACUUAUUUAAACACAUUCAGUUUCUGUUUUUAUGAUGGAACCUAUUAAGAAAGAUAUUAAUUACACUUUAUCAUCACUGCAUUUUGUCCACAUCUGUUAUCUUUAGCUCUUACAAUUUAGUCAGAUGAUAAUUCCAUAAUGUCUGAAGGUUAUACAAGUUUUAUAUUCCACAGCAUUUGGUCAGCAAGUGUUGCAGGGGGUUAAUUGUCAUGUAAACUGUCAUGUUUGAAUAUUUGCUUCACUAAUAUAACUGUUUAGCAAUUUAUAGAUUAAUUCAGGUGAUGGAAUGAUAUAUUUUUAGAGGAUCCUUUCUUUAAUCGUCCAUAUUCAUCUGUGCCACAUAUGUUUGUAUACUGGUGAUAACAUGUUGUAUAAAUGAGUAAUGAUGAAUAUAUAUGUAAUGUUGAGUCCUCAGCAUCAUGCAUUAUAUGGUAUUGUAUCAAAAUGAUAUUUCUUUGUUUUUAUAAUAAAACAU